UGUUCGCAUUGUUUUACCAAAAAUUGAAAGGACAAUGAGGAAUUCAAGUCUUACGGGAUCAGAGACUCAUUCUCUCAUUACAAGUACUAGCUCGAUCACCCCUGAGAUGGACGACGACAGUGAACUCGAGGAGAUGGCGCUUCAAGAAGGAGACGAGGACGAAGAACAAAACGUAAGAAAAGAUGGCGAAGAUGAACGCAAACAAAACGACAACGAUGAAAAUCAUCUGAUACAACUUUCCGUGACUUCUGAAAAGGAAAUUCGCCAAAGGGCUAAACAAGCGUUGAAGAAAGAACUCACGAGGUUACGAUACGAAGCUGCCGCAAAAAGAAAUGAAACGAAAAAAAAAUUUAAAGUUGUAAUUGAAGAUGCGAGGUCACAACUUAUCGCAACACGGAUUGAAGCUGAGAAAGUUUCUAUUGACAGGCUGGAAGAAAGAGCAGGUAAGCAGCAGGCUAGAAUAAUGCAGGAGCGAGCACAGCGAAAAAAGGAAGAGAAAGGUAAAGUAGUUGAGUAUGGCGAGAGGAGCCGAACACAUUCGGAAGAACUCGCUUCUCUCCGAAAGAUUCAAGCCGAAUUGGAUCGUGCACGUGCUAGAAGGAAACACAGUCUUGCUGCUGCGUUGACUACGGUUAACGGUAAAGCAAAAGUGGCGAACCUUCUGCAGUAUGAGGUGAAAAGGUUAGAGAGAGCUGAGGAAGUACAGAAGAUUAUCGUGGAACUUCACUCUUUAGGAUUGACCCAAGCAGCCAUUGACCUAACGCACGCCCUCAGCGGAAAGGAAGAGUCGGAAAUGGAGUUCCGUAACCAGUUACACAGUGAUCAAAUGAAAGCUAGGAAAAAAGUCUCAAUGCUCGUUGAAAGCGAAAUAGAAAAAGUUCGGAAAGAAUGCAUGGCCGAAAUGGAACGGAAAGAAAGGGAACGAUUAGAAAAGGAAAGGCUGGAGAAAGAAAGACAGGAAAGGGAAAGGAGAGAACGGGAAAUGGCCAAAUUAAAAAAGAUGGCACGUGACAUGGCUAUGAAAAAGAUGUUCAAAGAAUCGAUGUUUAACACAAGCGUGUCAAGACCAUUUAGCUUUUCAUACUUUCCUUCCUUGAAGAAAUGAAUUCCUUGCGGUCGAGCAUUGCGGUCAAGCGAGCGGGAUAUGCAAUGCAUGCUUCGUCGUUUCGCCAGGUGUUUGUAUUUUGAUAUAAAUAGCUCACUUACUCUAAUUAGAAAUAGAGUUCCUGGCUAUUAAAUGGCCAGAUUUGGUGGUCAAUCGCCAGCCGGAAGAAUAGGGUUCCUCCUGAUUAAUAUCGCAAUACCGCUGUACUUAUACCUUAGAGCGCUUUUCGACUGACAGGCGUGAAACGAAAACCACUUAUGACAAAGACCAAUCAGAAUAACGGGAAAUACCCUUAGGAACCAAUGAGAACUCAAACUUAAACCACGCAAACUGCCCAAAGCGCGGGUAAACGCGGAUGACCAAGUAGUGAUUGGUAAUGUAAUAAUUCUGCAUCUGAUUGGAUGAGAAAGUGGCGCGAGUGUUUUGGGCCAAUCACAAAGCGAAGUAAAGAAAAACCAAUGCUAAAUUCGGCCGAUUACUUUCGACAGUUAAUUGAAAAUGGCUGUAAUAAAGCAUAUAUGUCGACAAGUAAUUAAAAAAAACGUACAUGUGUAAUAAAGCAUAUAUGUCUACAAGUAAUUAAAAAAAACGUAGUUUUAUACAAUAAUAUAAAGAGGAAGAAAGUACAAAAAAUGUCAACAAUUUCGCCGAAUGUGUAAAAGAAAAUCCAUAAACAAUGCUUACUUUGUAUUGUAGCGUCAGCCAGUAGUAAAAACCUACAUUUUAGUAAUUUGACUAGUUGCAUGUCGAAGAGGGCAAAUUUUCGUAUCAUCAGUACUUUCCUCAUAACAGGAUUAAACAAAAGGAAAAAAUAUGAAUAUUGCACGACGUUCCAAAACGCUGACGACUGAAAUCAGCUGUAACAAUAUGGGAGAUUAGUCUGAACCCUUUUACUUUUUAGGGCACAACUCAUAAAAAUAUUCAACGAUACUACACAACAAAACGUCUAAUAAGAUAUGUUUAUUAUCCAACUGUGCUUCGUAAAGUACAAAUAACGCGCGAAACGGGUACAAAUAUCUCGCGAUAUUUGUAUUCCAGAAAUAUCCGCGAAAUUCGGCCGCACUAAAAUAAC